GUCUAUAUUAACAACAAUCCAACUACAAUUUUUUCUUCUUCCCUUGAUACCUGCCAGGGUCACAUUUUCAUUGUGAGACCAAAUCGUCUCAUCUGGCUGGGAGCUCUAGCCCUUUAGUGUUUUGUAGCAAAAAGGAAAGAAGAAGAAAAAGCAAAGGCUUUCCAGGCUCACCAUCAUCGCCGCCAGAAACGGCUCUCGAUUCGGGCUCAUCUUCCGACGUUCUCUUCUCCCCCCGUCCAGACCUAGACACCACCCGCACAGCCAUCAAAUAUGUCAGCCUUGACCAACCAUCCUCCCAAGAAACGACGGCUCCUCGCCCUAGGCUGCGAGGGCUCCGCCAACAAGCUCGGCAUAGGCAUAAUCUCACACCCAGCCCCCGACACCUCAUCCUUCACUCCCCAUCCCACCACCAACAACAAAAGAGACCACCCAAGAGACAAAGCCCAGCAGGAUGGCGCACAGGUCCUCUCCAACGUACGACACACCUACAACAGCCCGCCCGGCACGGGCUUUCUCCCCAAGGACACGGCGGCGCACCACCGGGCGCACUUUUGCGACGUUGCCCUCGAGGCCCUCCGCGUGGCUGGAGUGCGCAACCCGCGCGACGAGAUCGACUGCAUCGCCUACACCAAGGGCCCCGGGAUGGGCGGCCCGCUGACGUCGGUCGCGGUGGCGGCGCGCACCCUGGCGCUUCUGUGGG